AUGUGGGUCGGGAAUGAGGAGUCCGAUGGUGAUCCUAAUCUAGUUGAUAACAGAGUAAUAGAAAUACCUAUUGUUGAACAGAUAAGAACGUAUCCAAUCCCCCUCAUGAAAAAUGAAAUGUUAUUUGAGUACAUAGCGACUACCGUGGAGGAAUUCCUUACAAGCAGAGGUCUGGCAGAUCGAUUGAUUCACGCCUGCUUAAGCCUCCCUUUUGCCAUUAACAAUACAGCCAUAAACUCGGGUGAAAUACUUUUUAUCUCAAAGAGCUUUAAAUUUCGUCAACGCAGUGGGACAGAGCUUCUCCGUACGUUUCAAAGGCAUCUUGAUAGGAAGGCUGUGGAGGUAAAGUGCAUCGCCAUUGUCAAUGAUUGCGUUUCAGUUCUCGAGGCUUGUGCUGUUGAUGAAGUUGAUUGUGCUGCUUCUUUCACAUUAAUCAUUUGCAUUGCAGAUGCUGGUGUGAACGCUGUCUACCAGGAAAGAAUUUCCAACAUUCGACGCGAUGAAACUUUCGAUGAGGACGCCAAAAGCGUUUUGAUAAACACGGAGCUUGGCGGAUUCGGAGAUGGCGGCUGCUUGAAGAGAUUUAUAACGGAGUUUGAUAAAAGACUCGACCGUAUCUCAACAGCACCCGGUUUGCAUACGUUCGAGAAAUUCGUCAGUGGCGAAAACCUGGGCGAACUGGUUCGUCAGAUUUUAAAGUUGCUCACCGAGAGGGGCCAACUCUUUGGCGGAGUGUGGCCAGCCUCCCUGCGCGACCUCAGGAGUCUCCCGGCAAGCUUCCUCUGUGAGAUCGAUCGUGAUCCACCACACCUCUUCUACAGCACGGAAUUUCUGCUGCGAGAGGAUUUGAAAAUUCACAAUCUCACACCCGAGGAUAUCCACAUUGUCCGCUACGUCUGUAGCGCCGUCACGUACCGCUCUGCCUGCCUCUCAGCUGCUGCCGCAGUAACAAUUUUGAAACGGCUAAAUCGACUUCGCUUGACUCUGGCUGUGGACGGUUACAUGUUCCGGAAGCACCCCACAUUCUACAAGCAGAUGCUCACAAUGAUGGCGGACCUGAUGCCCAAGCAUAUGACUUUCCGUAUUAAAUUGCCAGAAGAAGGCUAUUCAGUUGGCAGUGGUGCAGUUGCCGCUCUUUACAAGGAUCUCGUCAAUUAA